GGGUAAAAAGUUACUAGGUCAUGCUCAACAAUAUAGAGUUGUCAAAUCAGUUCUAGGUCAUAUCGAAUAAUGGCUUAUAUAGAAUCACUGUACCCCAUACCGAUUGAAAAAACUACAUAAUUAUUCCACUUCGAUCAUUACACUUGUUAUUGAUACGUAGAGGUGUCAAUUCGGGUGUUCGGGUCAGGUUAAGUCUAUUUCAAACUUGAAUCAUGCUAAAUUGUCUAUACAAGUCAAAAUCUGAAUUGAUUAUUAUUUAGGUCGGUUUCAGCUCGUGUCGGAUUUUGACCCCUUUAAUUCAUUUUUUUACAGCCCUAUGCACGCCUCUUUUAGCAGUACAACAUGUCCAAAUCCAAAUACCAAAACCAAACCCAUAUAACCAUUAGAAUUCAAACCGAAUCCAUAAACAUGAACGAAAUCUGUCUUCCUUACCACUUUCCCUCCUCCCUUCGUUUUUCUUCCUUGUUCUUCUUCUCCUAUGAACCGCCUGCUUCUAGCAACUCACUAGAAGCAGAAAACAGAGCUUUUUCUCUCUCCUUAAUCAGAUAUUCCCAUUUGAAUAGGAAUUUCAAUCAAUUCUUAAUCCCAAAAUCCAAUUGAAAAACACCAUUUUUGUAUCUCAAUCUUAAACCCCAGAAGAAGAAGAAACCACCAUUUUUGUCAAUAUUUAUGCCAUUACAAAUUCAAUCUUUAUCAUCAAAUUAUGCUGUCACCAAAACUCAGAUACAUUUCCAGAACCAAGCCUUUUCUCUCACCUCUUUUCCUCGCAAAUUUCUUCACUUCUUCAUCUUCUUCGCACCAUCUUUCAAACCCAUCUAUAAUUCGAUACCAAUUUGCAGACCCAUCUGCAGAAUCUAAAGAAAUUGCUUCAACUUUUCGGGAUUGGUUCAGAACCUCCAAAAACCCAGUUUUUGACAGGAUUUUUUCGAUUUUGAAUUCUAGAAGUGAUGAAGAUCUUUCUUCUUCAAGAAAGAUGGAUUUGGGAAUUGAAGAUAUGGGCAUUUCAUUGACAGAAUCGUUCGUUUUACAGGUACUUGAUUAUAAGAAAAAUGAUAUUUUAAGUUGUUUGAAAUUCUUUGAUUGGGCUGGUAGACAACCUUAUUUUAAUCAUACUCGUUCUACUUGUGUUUCGCUUUUUAAGAUUUUGGGUCGUGCUAAGCUUACUUCUAUGAUGGUAGAUUUGUUAGAUAGCUUUACUAAGCAGAGAACUAUGCAUAGAGUUAGGUUUAAUGAUAUGCUUGUGAUGGGGUAUGCUUUAGCUGGUAAAAUUGAUAUUGCACUCCAAGUGUUUGGUAAAAUGCGCUUUCACGGGCUCGAUUUGGAUGAGACUGCUUACCAUAUUUUGUUGAAUUCGUUGGUGGAGGAAGGGUGUUUCGAUGUAAUGAAUGUCGUGUUGGAGCAAAUUAGGAUGAGGGGGCAUCAGAAUGUGGUUACUCAUGGUAUUGUGAUGAAGAGCUUGUGUAAGCAGGGUCAAAUAGAAGAGGCGGAGAAGUAUUUUCGCGAGUUGUUGAAUGAUGAUAAGGUGUUUCCAGGGCGUAUUUUUGGUGUUCUUGUGAAUGCACUUUGUAAGGAGAAGAUGUUUUCGCAUGCUGGUAUGUUGAUCCAGGAGUUUGGGGAGAUGGGAGCUUUUCCUUUGCAAGAGGCAUAUGGUGUUUGGAUUAUGAAUCUAGUGCAAGCUGGGAAAUUAGAUUCUGCUGUGGAAUUUUUCCGCACCAAAAAGUGUGAGGAAGGGUACAUUCCUGAAGUGUUCAGGUACAAUAAUUUGAUAUGUAGGCUUCUUAAGGAAAAUCGUCUCAAAGAGGUUUGUGAUUUGUUGUUGGAUAUGAAGGAGUGCCAAAUUGUGCCUGAUAAGGUGACCAUGAAUGCUGUUUUGUGCUUUUUUUGCAAGGCUGGAAUGAUGGAUGUUGUACUCGAAUUGUAUGAGAUGAGGGCUGAAUUUGGGCUUACUCCACAUAGUCUGGUGUAUAAUUAUGUUAUAAACACUCUGUGUGGUGAUGGAAGUACUGAUGAAGCAUAUCAAAUGCUGAAGAACUCAAUGAAACAGGGUUACUUUCCCGGCAAGAGGACCUUCUCUGUACUUGCUGAUGCAUUAUGUAGGGAGGGUAAGCUUGAUAAAAUGAAGGACCUAAUUAUGUUCGCCUUGGAACGUAAAUUUAUUCCUUCUAACGCUGCAUAUGAGAAAUUUAUUAGAGCCCUUUGUGUAGCUAAAAGGGUUGAAGAUGGUUACUUGAUCCAUGCAGAGCUAAACAGAUUAAAUAAAACACCCAGAGAAAGUACAUAUUCAUACUUGAUAUGUGGUUUCAAUAAGGCAAGCAGGGGAGACCUUGCUUCUAGACUUAUCAUUGAAAUGCAAGAUAAAGGUUAUGCACCAUCACACAAAUUGUUUAAAGCUGCCAUUCGUUGUGUUUGUGAAAUGGAUAAUCCUGAGAAGCACUUUCUGAAUUUGUUGGAAAAGCAGCUGUCUCGCUUUGGAUGUGACCAGCGUAUUUUGAGUUACUUUAUCUAUGGUGCAGGGCAUGCCAGAAGGCCUGAGCUUGGUAGAGCAGUUUAUGAAAUGAUGGAGAAAACUGGCAUUGUCCCUAAUUUGAACUCAGAUCUUUUUAUGAUGAAGUGUUACCUGAAAAGCGGAAGGAUAGCUGAUGCACUAAGCUUCUUUGAUGACCUCAGCAGAAAAAGAUGGGUGGGAAGGAAGAUGUACAAUACCAUGGUGGUUGGCCUUUGCAAAUCUGGGAAGGCAGACUUUGCAACAGCCAUAUUGAAGCAAGAGAGGAACAAUGGCCUGAUCCCUAGCCUGCAAAGUUAUGAGGAGCUCGUAAAGUUGUGUUGCUCUGAAAAGAAAUAUGAUGACGCUAUUGAAUUAAUUAAUGACCUGGAGAAAGCCGGACGUAAGGUUUCAUCAUUCCUUGGCAAUAUACUUCUGUUGCAUGCGAUGCGUUCUGGAGAUUUAUGCAGGGCUUGGCUUCGCUCAAGGGAUGUGUCUAAUGAGACACCUAGUAGUGCAAUGCUUGGCCAAUUAAUUGAUGUGUUUUCUGGCCAUGUUUCAUUGGAUUCUAAGGCUGAGGACUUGGAGGAAGUUAUUCAGAAAUGCUUUCCUCUUGAUCUUUUCUCUUAUAACAUGAUGUUGAGAAAAUUAAGCAUCAAUAAGAUAGAUGAAGCCUGCCAAUUAUUUAAGCGGUUGUGUUUCAAAGGGUAUCAACCAAAUAGAUGGACUUAUGACAUAAUUGUACAUGGCCUCUACAAGCAUGGUAGAAUUGCUGAAGCUGAACUGUGGGCAGACCAAAUGUUACGGCAAGGAUAUGUUCCAACUGAAUGUACACACCUGUUUAUUUGAAGAAAAUUAUGCGGUUAGACACCAAUAAAGCACAGGCAAAUGAGUUCGUAUUUUACUUGCUGGAGGAAGCUCUUUGGAUGGCCAUUGGAUCCAAAUAGGUCUUUUUGUUAGAAAAAUUGUUAUUUCAAGGCAGGAAGGUGAAACUCACUCAUGUUUUCCUUUACUUCAGUGGUACAUAAUUAGUUAUACGAGUUUUUGUAGCAUUCACUAGACCUUGCUUGCCCAAGAACUAGAAUGUUUUGGAGUUCUUGAUUAGCAUCCGAAAUGAAUUUUAACUUGCUACACUCUUCUACUAAUUGUGGCGUAUUGUAAUCAUACUUGUGUCGGGGCCUGGUAGUUGAGCAUGGCUGUCAGAUCAUUACCUUAAGCUGUCAAACCUUGAUGUCAGAUCAUUUUCCAAUCUCCUUUUCUUCCAAUUAGCUCUUUGAAAUUUGACACUGGAUAUACAAGUGCUUCUUCCAAGUGUUCAGCCUGUCAUUCAGAUUCAAGCUAAUACAGAUGGUGAACUUUUUCAGGAUACUGCUUCUGGUGAUUGUAUCAGGAUUUUUUUUUGCUCCAUUGACGAGAUUGCUAUUACAAACUUGUGAAAAGCUAAUUUUGUUGUAUUUAUAUUAGCUUCAGGAAUAUCUUGGCGACAGUUAAAGUCCUAUUCUUUAAGGAUUUCUAUCGUCUUUUAGAUGGAUAAUUCAUCUAGUUACACUGAUGCAAAUAACUUACGAUUAGUACUGAAUAGGCUAGACAUUUUGUUGGAAGAAGAAAAUAAAGGAGUGACAUGUCCUCAAAUUUCUCA